AUGCAUCCUCGCGGCGGCGCCUCGGCCAAGCCAGGCUUCUGGAGCAGCCAUGUCGGCGUCGGCGACGAGAGCUUCAUGCGCUCCUGGGCGACCUCGCCGUCCGUCACCUUCUCCCUCCUCCUCAACCGCUUCGACGAGCGGAUCCCGCGGGACCACGACAGCCAGAGCCUGGACGACCUGCUCAGCCCGGAGGAAGAGUUCGUGGAGGAAGAGGAGUCCACCGAAUCCGAGCCCGAGCCGGAGCCCAUGGAGGAGGAAUUUGAUGGUGUGCUCGUUGAAGAUGCUGUUGCCGAAGCCCUGCACAGACUGGGGCGCUCAGCCCCCGGCACAGAACAUGUCUACCUUGAUCUGUCGCUUUCGAACCGCAGUUUAAGUGACAUUCAAGUUCUCUGCAGAUACGUACAUCUUGAAAAGCUAGAUCUUUCCUACAAUAAAAUUAAUGAUCUCUCCUGUGUCAGUUACAUGCCUUACUUGUUGGAACUGGAUGUUUCCCAUAACGAGCUGACCACGUACUUUGACUUCAUACCACCUGAGAACCUCCAAGUAGUGAAUUUUUCGUACAACGGGAUUCUGGAAAUGCGAGAUCUUUCUGCCUACCAGUCACUUACAAAGCUUAUAUUGGACAAUAACGAUAUCAAAGAGAUUCGAGGCCUAGAGAAGUGCCACAGCCUGACUCACCUGAGCCUGGCAAACAACCAGAUCACAGCCAUCACUGGCCUGAAAAACCUACCAAUCAAGACCCUCUGCCUGAAAUCAAACGAAAUAGAGAAAGCUGUUGGCUUGGAAGAUCUAAAAGUUCUACAGAUCUUGGACUUGUCCGGCAAUCGGAUCAGCAGAUUGGAAGGUCUGGAAGAGCACAAUCUACUUGAGGAGAUCAACCUAGAAAAUAACCAGGUGUCUGAACUGAGUGAGCUGGAAUAUAUUGAAGACCUGCCUCUCCUCAGAGUGUUUAAUCUGUUAAACAAUCCAGUGCAGGAACACGCGGAUUAUUGGCUCCUGGUCAUUUUCAUGCUGCUUCGUCUUACGGAGCUGGACCACAAGAAAAUCACAGUGCAACAAAAGGUUGCAGCUGUGAACAAGUACGACCCUCCUCCCGAAGUGGUGGCCGCCCAGGAUCACAUGACCCAUAUCAUGUACAGCAUGAUGCAGCCGCAACGGAUCUUCAAUAGCACCCUGCCUAGUCUUGAUGCUCCGUACCCCAUGUUGGUGUUGACUGGACCCCUGGAAUGCUGGAAACGAGAACUUUGCCACAGGCUCUGCAGGAAGUUCAACAACUAUUUCAGAUACAGUCCCUGCCAUACAUCGAGGGCUCCUUAUUUUGGAGAAGAAAACAGAUUAGAUUACUACUUCAUGUCCCAGGAGGAGUUUGACAAAAUGGUGACCAUGGGGAAAUUUAUUGCCACUUUUAAAUAUAGCGGCUUCUACUACGGACUGGGCCGAGACACCAUUGAAUCCAUCGCUCGGGAGGGUCUUGCGACCUGUGUCCACAUGGAAAUAGAGGGUGUGAGAAGUUUGAAGAAUUCCUACUUCGAACCACGUUACAUCUUACUGAUCCCAAUGAACAAAGAAAAAUACGGGGGUCACCUGCGAAGGAAGGGGCUUUUCAGUAGGCCAGAGAUUGAUGAAGCCGUCUGUAGAGUGGACAUGUACAUCAAACUGAACCAGGAUUUCCCAGGGUUCUUUGAUGCCGUCAUCAGCGUAGACGACUAUGAUGAAGCCUUCACCAAGCUGAGCCGCCUCAUUGAGGAGUUCCUGGGUCUAAAACAGCCUUCAGAGCCUGAGGCCACAGAUCCAGCACCAGGCAGCAGUCUCCUCUCAGCUCCGAGCAAAUCAUCCUCAGCAGUCCUGAAAACGGCCGAUGUCAAAGGCACCGACGGAGUAGCACCGUCGCCCACGCCCAAUGAAUUUCUGGACUCCUCGGCCAAAAACUACUCUGCCGUGAUCUCAGCCAAGCUUUCAGCACAGAAAACACCUGUGGAAGAGGCGUCUCUGCAGAGGCGGCAACGUACAGCCAAGCAGGGCCUGAUGGGGAAGGCCAUUAGCUCAUACUCCCAGCUGUUUCAAAGGGAUCUCGUCGGCAGCGCCACAUCGGGCAGCGCGCACGCUCGGUUCCUGGAGCCUCCGGCUUUCGCCUCCCUGCUUUCGCCUGGAGGUUCUGCCAGCCAGGUCCCGCCCACGAGCCCAGACCGAAGCUCCAAAGAACCAGGCCGGCGUUCGCUCGCUUCCCCGGCUGGGGCCUUUUCAUCCCGUGGGUCGUCUCCCCGGUCCUCAAAGGGCUUCGCUGUUCCAGCAGCUGACGAGACCGAUGGCGAUCAGGCGGACCGAAAAGAUCCAGAUCAUCCUGAGACCAAAGAGAAGAAAACCCCAAAAUCCAAAACGGCUUCCCCAAUCGUCUCGCAAGUCACUCUCCGCCCCGGUUCCAACACCAAACCCGUGCUCCCUCCCAUCCCGUCGGGGCGGAAAAAGCCCAAACCCCUGGUGUCCGAAAGCCACGUCUCUUCCCUGUUCCCCAGCCCAAAGCCUUAGCUGGAACCACUCCGCUGCCCCUUCGAGGAAGAAUCCUCACCGGAGUCCUCGGUUUCU